GAGUCACGUAAGGAUUUAUAUUAAUUCCAUGUGGGAGUUCGUCCAACAAAAACUGGUUUUUUUAUUUUAUUUAAAACAUGGUUUAUAAUCAUUACCCCAUAUAAUUUUACAAAGUCAAUCUGCAGUGCAUUUGUAAACUUCAAGUUUGACUCCAUUUCCAGGAUCUUUCGAUCUCUAUUAUGUGAAUUUAAUUACAGGGCUGUGUAUCAUUUUGAGCAUCAGUGGUGGAGUAUCUUAGUUGUUAGGAACCUUACAGAUUACUAAUAAAGUUGUAUCAAGGCUCUGUAUAAAGGCUGCCUUGAAGUGAUGGAAAACUCCAAGCAGUACAAGCUUGUGGUUGGCCCUGACCGUUCUGCUAAGAUACUGGAAAUUACGGACAAGCUUGUGAUGAUAUACUACACAAUCGAGUUUGGAUCAGAUUAUGCUGAAGAUUUCUCUAUAAUUGUUAAUCCGAGUUAUCGUUGCUAGAGUGAAGAAUGAUUUGCUUGUUGUUUUAUUUCUUGUGGCUGUGCAUAUAUGAUGAUAUCAGCUGUUUACGAGCCUCAGGUCGCAAUCUAUACAUGAAGGAGUUCUAACCAUUCUUUCAUUCGUUGGAUAAUAGGAAGCUAUCUUUCUUUCUGCUUUGUCUGUAUAGCUUCAAUAACGUAUACUGUUAUACACUCCCACUAUAGGCUGAACAGUUUCACACUCAUUUUCUCAUCUACCCCGCCUGGUUCUAUUUGUGUAAGUACACGGUGAUUCACCGGGAGAACCCUAUUUCGUAAAUUGAUGUUCUACUUUGAUUUCUUUUGCUAAUCUUAAGAAAAGUAACGUGGAUUGGAAACCUCAUUUAUAGAGAAAAAUAUUAUUACACCAAAAAGUUGGUGGAAAUGAGCUCAAGCGAAAACGGAAAGAGAACAUUAGAGAUACAAAUUUGUUGAUUCGUUCAACAGUGUUUACUUUGACUGAAGAAUCGAGUCAUUCUUUAUUCAUCUGUAGUGGAACAAAAGAUAAACAAUCUAGUAUUCCAGUAUUUAAAUAGCCACGUUUGGAUGGAGUGUCAUUUUUGAGAGAUGGAGCCUAAUGGAGGAGAAGACCAGAAAGCCAGUCUGGAAAAGAAGGCGAAUGAGUUUAUGCAGCUGAGCCUGGACGAGUCAGAGGCAUUGAUGCGAAUCGUCAUUCCAGUUCAGAGACCUGGCGAGUCGACCUUCUAUGAGAAUUUUGCUCUUAGAGGUAUCCGAGUUGACCGAGUCGAACCUGGACUCAUCGUCUGUACUUUCAAGGUCCCUCCCCGUCUCACUGAUAGAGCUGGAAAUUUGGCCAAUGGGGCAAUUGCAAAUCUUGUUGAUGUAGUUGGAUCAUAUGUGACUUAUACUGGUGGUCUCAUUAGGAAUGUCUCGGUAGAUAUAUCCAUCUCGUACAUGUCCACGGCAAAGCUUGAUGAUAGAGCUGGAAAUUUGGCCCAAGGUGCAAUUGCAAACCUUGUUGAUGUAGUUGGUGCUUCUGUAGCAUAUAUUCACGGUCUCCCUAUGAAUGUUUCCGUAGACAUAUCUGUCUCCUACAUGUCAAAGGCAAAGCUUGAUGAUGAGUUAGAGAUCACCUCUCAAAGGUUAGGACGAAGAGGAGGAUAUUCUGGAGCAAUAGUGAUUCUGAGAAACAAAGCAACUGGAGAGGUUGUUGCUGAAGGUCGACAUUCAAUGUUUCGUCCUGCUGCUAAACUCUGAGGCCUUAUUAUAUAGGUUGGUAAUCCAGUUUGACUUCUCAUAACAAUACAAUUUAUUUACUCAUACAAAACCCAAUCUGUGAUAGUAUUCAGCACAAUACAAUCCGACUGGAUAGUACAAUCCUCUUCAAAUAUAUGUAACAUGCCAUUGAUUGGAGUUUUUCAUACAUGUAAGUUGCAAAUGUAAAAUUGAUAAAUUACCUGGUUUUGAGUCUUUUGACAAAUAAAACAUGUUCAAUCUUGAUGAGAAAUUAGACCUUUAUUCAGUACUUGCUUGACGUUAAGUUUAAUAAAGUGUUUGUUCUUCUUUU